AUUUCAUGAAAAUCUGAUUUCACGAAAGUUUAAAAUUAUUUUUUUUCAGAUGAUAUUUUGAGCUUGAAGUUUCUGUAAAAAUGUCAAAAUAUCAGUGGCUAGGCGGGGUCGGAGCCAUCGCACUAUUGAGCUUUGGAAUCCUACUUUUUAGUACAGAUAGUCAGGUGUUCAAUUUUAUAUACCGCAGCCAGCUGGUCCUAUCUCCCAAUUCAACCUCUUUCCCCAUGUGGCGAGAUAUACCCGCUCUUGCAGCCAACAUUUACCUGUUUAAUGUUACCAACCCAGACCAGGUAACAAAUGAGGGUGCUGUGCCAAUCGUCUCUGAAGUUGGACCAUUUGUAUUCAUGGAAAGUCAUCACAAGACGAAGCUGGUGUGGAAUGCAAACAAUACAAUCACAUACCAACAGAUUAGGAAUUGGAAGCAUGUACCAGAGCUGACAAAUGGAAGCCUUUCCGAUUAUAUAACCAUAGUAAAUCCCAUAGCAGCCAGUAUAGCAGACCUUCUCAGGGUGAGUGUUCCCAAAUCUCUUCAUUUGUUAGUGGACCUUUUCCUGAGAACGGAAAAGGAAAAAAUAUUCGUAACUCACACGGCAAACGAAAUUAUCUUCAAGGGAUUCGAUGACCCAAUUCUUAAAGCGAUGAAUGAUGCCAAAUUCAUAAUUAAGAAUUUUAUACCGGAUGGUGCUUUUAUGGACAAGUUUGCGUUUUUUUAUGCAAGAAAUGGAUCUGACUGGAUGGAUGGUGUCUUCAACAUGUACACUGGGGCUGGUGAUACAUCUAAAAUGGGAAAAGUUCACUCAUGGAAUUAUUCAACCCAAAACUUCUUUCCUGGAACCUGUGGAAAAGUCAAAGGGGGAGCAGGAGAGUUUUUUCCUCCCGGACUAAACAAAACUUAUAUCGAAUUGUACUCGAAUGAUCUAUGUCGAACCCUAAGGUUUGACUUUAACGUAACAAGUUCCCCUCGUGGUAUUCCAACAUACGAGUAUACGGCUGGGAGAAAUAUGUUUGGUAAUGGUAGCGUCAACCCUGACAACAAAUGCUUCAAUCCUGCAACUGUAUCUCUUCCUUCAGGGGUAUUUAACACUAGUAUUUGCAGGUUUGGAGCUCCUGUGUUUGUAUCCCAACCCCACUUCUACCUGGCAGAUCCCUACUACUCAUCCUUGGUCCAUGGUAUGAGACCGAACCCUGAGAAACACACUACCAGUCUUAAGAUAGAACCUCUAUCUGGUGUACCUGUAGAAGUACUGGCAAAAUUUCAACUAAACGUUCUGAUAGACAAGGUACCUGAUGUUGCCUUAUUCAAGCAUCUACCACGUUCCUUUGUUCCUGUUAUGUGGGUUGAAAAUGCUGCUGGAGUUCCUGAUAAUAUGGUUUUUCAGAUGAAGCUUUUCGCAAUGCUCAAGGAUAUUCUCCAAGGAGUUGGUUGGGGAAUGUUUGGUCUAGGAGUUGGUAUCAUGCUUAUUCUCACCGUAAAAUUUAUCUCUAGAAGAAAACAAGAGGAAGAUGGAGGACCCCUAAUCUCUGAAGGAUUGGCAGAGGAAUCAGAUUCUGAGAAUGUUUUUCAUGAAUAGAACUGACCAUCAUAAUCUUGCAAUAUAAGCAUUAAACUAAUUAGAUCAAAUUUUAUGAAAAUAUUAGUUGUCUUGUGCCAUUUAUAACCGGCAUUAUUUUUAAUAUUUACAAUUUACAUUCGUUGCAUUAUAUAAACCUAUAUUCAAUCUAAUCCGCUUCAAACAUAAUCAUUGUAUUAAAAAAAAAAAUACAUAAAAAGAGCAUUUUAUUCUCAACUAAGUGAAUGUAUCAUUCUAUAAAAACAUUUCAAUUAAUCUUGAUCAUAUAAAUACCUGGAAUUUACUCAAGUAUUCUUUAGUGUCACUAAAUCCAUUGUUACAUAGUAGAAAUCUAUCAAGUACUUACAAUCUUUAUAUUGAACUCGAACCGAUAUCAAAAUAUUAAAAUAUCCUUUAAUACAAUUAGUGAAAGACUUAGUAACUAAAUAUAUUUUCAUAAGUGCAGAAAAAUUUCUAUUAUACAUAACAAUCGUGCCCUCAUAACUUAUAUAUACUUGCUUUUUGCUUAAAAUAUUGAG